AUGCUCAUUCCAUCCAACGGCUCACAUUUCUUCUCUCUUUCUCUCUCCUUCAAAAAAAAUGAUCCCAAAGGCAAAACGCAUUCUGGCUGAAAUUCUCUGCUUCUUCUUCGUCACUGCCCUUCACUGAUUCCUCUUUCAUUUCGUUUUUUUCUCUUCCAAAAUCUUAGGUUUUGAUCUGUCACUUUGAUCUUUGACUUCCAAUUUGUUUGAUUCAAACGUUGUUGCGGUCAACUCUGGUAAAAGUAAUUGUUUUUGUGCUGGUGAGGUUCCAGUUUUAAGAUCUGUAUAGUAAAGUUUGUUUCUUUUUUGAAAAACAAAGGUAUAUACAUGUGAUGAGUUUUGCUCUCCUGUUAGCUAGGGUUUUCUUUCUGAAAUUGAUUUUCUGUUUUAGUGGGGGGCUUAGUUUGAUACAAAGUUUGGAACUUUACUGUGUGGUCGGCUGCGAAAAUUCGUUUAUGUUAAUGGGUAUGCAAGUUGAGCCAUGGAUUAUGUGAUUCAGAUUAGAUUUAGGUUUUUUCUGAGGAUAAUCGUGAUGCUUUACUGUUAUUUCUAAAAAAAUCUUGCCUUUUCGUUUUAAUAUUUUGGAGCUAGAUUGGAAUGUUUUGUUCUUGAGUCCUUUGGUGUCUCUUUUAUGGAUGGUUGCUUCUUGAUUUUAAGAUGAAGCCUUACUUUGACACUUUGUUCAGUUCAGGUUUUUGGGUUUGUCUUAUCUGAUAAUCUGGAGUGGAGCUAAGUCAAGAUGCCGUGGGUUUCCUUGUUUGUGGAUCACAAAAGAAAUUGUGUUCGCUUGGUGGUGUUUUUUCGUGUGAUUCUGUAAAUUAUUUUGCUCAGUGCAGUCCCAUUAGGUUGCAAAGGAACUCUUUUUUAGUUUUUCUCCAUUUCAUUUCCAAAGCUGUUGGGGGAUUUGAGGAUGUACUUUGCCAUAACAAUAAAGAGAUACCGAGCUGUGAAGGAAGUUGGACAAAUUAAAAUGAGUGUUGGAGUCAUUGCGUACAACCAAUUGAUGCUUGUUUGCCAGGCUGAGUAUUUUCGUCAGUUGCUAAAACCUGUUACGUAGUCUAUCUUUGAGGGACAUUGGUUUGGGGGUGGGGAUUGCCUUGUAUUGUACUUCAUCAUUAAAAAGCUCCAGAGAGAUGAAGUUUUAGUUUGGAAAAGUUGCCAUUUGAUGUUAGAUGGAAAUUGGAAUCACCUUAGCACCUGCUGUUUAGUUUUAACAUUCCUUUAGGAACUUCCUUCCAGCUUUAGUACAGAAUAAUUGCCAGUUGCAUAGGCUAAAUCAGCAUUGCUUGUUGAAAUUCAGUCAGAUUGAACAGAUAAUAUAAUGCAGACUCAGGAAUAUUUUCUCCCGGAGAAGAUGGUACUUCCUUUGGCAGAUGACUCCAUUGAUGCUAAUGCUCAUAUGCAUGCUCCACUUGCUUCUGCCUUUGAUGCUUUUUUACCUCCAGCUGUGGGGCAGAUAACACCCUUUGAAAGAUUUAAAUUGCAACCCUCUGAGGCAUGCCCCAAGAAUUUUGUUAUCUUUGAUCAAACAGAUCAGCGAAGUAGGAUUAUGUUCAAUCCUGCAAUGACCUACAAAUUUAAUAGUCCUGGCUUAAAUGUUCAUGCUAAUUUUUCUCAAGAUUUUGAGAAGAAUAAAGUCAAUCAAAUGGAAAGAGAAUUGUCAUCUCCUUUUGAAGAAGAUCCUAAUGACAUUGAUGCAUUGUUGAGCAUAGGAGCUGAUGAACUAGAAGACUUUGAUGAGGAAGAAAUAAGCACAGCAAGGACUCAUGAAAAUUAUGAAAAUUUAUCUGAUACUUGCUCCAGUUAUUGCUCAAAAUCAAGGAAGAAGAGGCUGUCAUCAUCUUCUGUACACAAGUCUUCUGAGGCUAAUGAUGGGAAUAACAGGGAGAUAAAGAGGAUGGUGAGGAUGUUGAGAAAGAUCGUGCCUGGUGGAGGUAAUCAAAUGGAUUCUGUUACUGUUUUAGAUGAAGCUGUCAAGUACCUAAAGUCUCUCAAAGUUGAGGUGGAACAAUUUGGAGUUGAACCAUGAAGAUGUGAGAUGCUGCUGCAACAAUUGACUAUUUCUCCAACCUUGUUUGUUACUACCCUCUCGCACCAUCCAAGUUAUGACAACAGGUCUUGCAAUCUGAGUAAUAAAUUAUGACUGACAUUUUACUGAUUUAGGUCAUGUAAGAAAAUUCUAUAAAUAAUUGUACUUUUAGGUUGAGCUUUACUGUGUUGCUAUGCUGGCCUAAAACUCAAUUUUAUUUAUGCAUGCUUCUAUGUUAUGAAUGUACCAUAAAUAUAUAUGGCUCAAGUUAAAUGCUUCUGGUACCCUUGUCACAA